AUGGAGCAGCAGCUGGAUGAGCUCCAGCUCUCGGACGAGCGGCGAAACGUAAUCGACGCGCUCAUCAAGGAGCAGGUCAAGAUCAAAGUAAAAGAAGCAGUAGCAGCAGAGCGCCCCGUAGCACAGAGCGAGGGCAUGCCUUCCGAAGAAGGCGACACCCGGCUGGAGAGGCCGGCUGGCUCGGAGUCAAGCCCGCGACCCGAAGGUCAGCCCCGAUCGCCGGCGGACGUCAGCCUCAUCGGCAGCCUCGCGCGGGCCUUGCAAAGGGUCAAAAUUGAACCGCAGGAGGAAAACAGGGAAGUCCAAACCCCCAAGGAAACAAUACGUAUUAGCGCAGGAAAGACUGAUUUGGAUAUCUCGGCGUUGAAGGUGGAGCAUGGGACGGUAGCUGUGGAUCGGGCAGUUAAGGCAUGGCAGCUGAUAAUAUCCAAGAUACAAGUACCCACGAUAGUCCCUGCAAUCCUAGCUAGUGGUUGCCCCACUGAAUCGUGGGAUCAGUUUCUCAACUAUUACCGAGUGCACGCAGAAACGGACAAGUUGGAGUUGCAAGGGCAGUGGUACUCGUUGAAGCAGCAAGUAGGGGAGGAGCCCCGGCGCUAUCUCACAAGAGCAUCAGUACUUCGCCAGAAACUAGAAGCGUACGGUUGGGGGCAAUCCGAUCAUGAUGCUAACGUCCACUAUGUGNCCCGGCGCUAUCUCACAAGAGCAUCAGUACUUCGCCAGAAACUAGAAGCGUUCGGUUGGGGGCAAUCCGAUCAUGACGCUAACGUCCACUAUGUACGCAACCUUCUGCCCGAUUUCCAUGUGCAGAGGAGCGUGUGGGUGGCGCAUUCGGAGGUCAAGACGGAAUUGGUAGAGAAGGUGAUUCUGACUGCCUGGGCGAAGACGGAGGCCGCUAGGAAGAGGGCGUCGGAGAGCGUGGGGGCGUAUGCCCUCGUCGCUGGCGGUGACAACCGUGGUGGUGGGGGCGGGAACAUGGGGGAUAGGGGAAAGACGAGAGGACAGCGGAGGACGGCAGCGCGGCAACAGCAGCAACAACCGCAGCAGCCACAGCAGCAGCAUCAGUCCGGGGUUGGGGAGGUCCCUCGGGCGGCCAAGGUGCGAGCUACGGCGGAAGGCACGGGCCCCAGCAUGGGGGCCGGGGCUUUUCUCGAGGAGGACGUCAUCAGCAGCAGCCGGCAGGAGGAAGAUUCGGGGGGAGUGGGGCCGCUUCCGGUGGGAGGGGCAGGGGCCCUUUUCACCAAGGACCGCCGGGCAGCAACCCCCCCGCCUACCCUGUACCUCAGCGGGGCUACGAAUACAGCGCCUACCCCCCCCAAAUGUACCGCCCGCAGGGAAAUGAACCUGCCAUCCACCCGAAUGACCCUCGCAAGCGGUGUGAGAAUGGCGGUGAACUCGGCCACAACCAUCUGUUCUGUCCUUCACGUGUUGAUGUCGGAAGGCCAGCUGGCAUACCGGCCGCCAACGCGUCGCCCAGGCCCCCACCGUCCCGGCCGUCGGCCGGUGGCUACAGCCAGCGGCCGCCGUAUGCCCACUCGUACGGGCAGGCCGACACCGCGCAGCGGUACGGCGGAGAAGGGGUAG